GAGUGUCCCCCCCCUGCUGUCUAUUUUUGCUGUGGAGUAAAUUAUUUGAGGUUACUUCAGGCGAAUAAUGUUAAAAAUCUUGCAUUUAUUUGAAUGAUUCAUAUUUGCUAAUUGGAGUAGGCGUGAAAUAUAUUUUUUUUCAACCAUGGCCACCGUAUCAAGUGCACCAGCCCCGGGCAUGCAUCAAAUAGAUCUAUCUAAGCUCAAUUUACAGCAGUUGGCCCAACUUAAACAGCAAUUGGAUCAAGAAAUUACUGUAUUUCAAGAUUCAUUACAUACUUUGAAGAUAGCCCAGGGAAAAUUUAUGCAAUCAGGUGAAUGUGUUGAGAAAAUGACUCCUGACAGCAAAGGAAAAAGUAUACUUGUACCAUUGACCGGUUCUAUGUAUGUCCCCGGCACAAUAUCAGACACAGAGAAUGUGCUCAUUGAUAUAGGAACUGGCUAUUAUGCUCAGAAAGACAUAGCCGGUGCUAAGGACUACUUCAAGAGGAAAGUGACAUUUGUCACAGAACAAAUGGAAAAAAUCAAAAUGCUAGGAAUAGAAAAAUCAAAGGUUCACAAAGCUAUCUGUAUGAUGAUCGAAAUGAAGUUGCAAGCCCAGAUGCAAGCUGCGAAACCAUCUACUUCAUAAAAUAUUUCGUUGUUUCUAAGUAACAAUUGCUUUACCAUUUAUGUAGCCUUGUAACACAAGGCUUUAUUUAAUAUAGCAUUAGAAUCUUGGCAUUUACGCUACACACUGCCUACAGGUAUAAUCUGAUCACAAUUUUAUAUGGAGUAAUAUAAAUCUUAUGGCGAAUUGUAAGAAGUUUUUAUGUCUCCUAGAAUACUUUUUCACAUAAAUGUACUGAACUUUAUCAUAAUAGUCAUAGGCUAAGCUAAGCGAGAUUCUAAUGUCUUAAUUUUAUCAUUAAAAAUAAUAAUGCAUUUCUGUUUCCGAAUAUUUGAUAUAUUAAUAAAAAAGUGUAUGACUUCAUUUAGUUAAUUGAUCACAACUUUGUUAACCUCUCUCUUUUGGCAUAAUGUGUUUGAUAAUAAAUUAAUAUCAGUAUUCUCUAUUGAUUUUACUCACUAACAUUUUAAUUUUUUUAAUACUUUAGAAAUUAAAAAAAAGUGGCUAUAAGCCAUGUUUCUUUUAAUCAUAUUGAUAUGUUAGGCAGCAAUAAAUUAUUUGGCCAUUGUAUUCAUGAUCAUUCAUUUAAGCACAAACAGAAAAUGGUUAAGAUUUUAGAGGUUUUAAGAUACAUACAUACUUAUUAAUUUCUUACCUUUUUAUGGGAUUAUGUAUGUAUGUUCUACUAUAAUAAUUUCUGCUGUGAGUGGAAUGUAACUAUUCUCCCAUAACCAUGUACUCAUUAUAUUGAAAAAUUACAACUA